AUGGCAGCAUCUGAGGUAGCUGGCGUGGUGGCCACUGCUCCGAAUCCUGCGGAAUCCUCUUCUAGUGUUUGUGCUUCCAAACCAGAUGAAGGUCCCCCAGAUGGUCUAAGCCCCAAAGACCCUGCACAGAAGCAUAAGAACUCGCCUCUGUCGAGUGUAAGUAACCAAACGAUAACCAAGGAGAAUAACAGAAAUGCCCAUUUGGAACACCCAGAGCAGAAUCCUGGCUCAUCAGCAGGUGACACUUCAGCAGCGCACCGGGCGGUUUUAGGAGAAAACUUGAUAGCCACGGCCCUUGGUCUGUCUGGCGGUGGGUCCCAGUCUGAUCUGAAGGACGUGGCCAGCACGGCAGGAGAGGAGGGGGACACGUGCCUUCAGGAGAGCCUCCACCCCGCCACUCGGUCUCUUAAGGCAGGGUGCCAUACAAAGCAGCUUGCCUCCGGGAAUUGUCCUGAAGAGAAGGCCCCACAAGCCUCCAUCCUAAAGGAAGGGAGCAGGGACCCAGGCUUGGAGUUCCCACCUGUGGUGCCUCCAGCAAAUGGGGUUGAAGGAGUCAGAGUGGAUCAGGAUGAUGAUCAGGAUAGCUCUUCCCUGAAGCUUUCUCAGAACAUUGCUGUCCAGACUGACUUUAAGACGACUGAUUCAGAGGUAAACACAGAUCAAGAUAUUGAAAAGAAUCUGGAUAAAAUGAUGACAGAGAGAACCCUGUUGAAGGAGCGUUACCAGGAGGUCUUGGACAAGCAGAGGCAAGUGGAGAAUCAGCUCCAAGUGCAAUUAAAGCAACUACAGCAAAGGAGAGAAGAAGAAAUGAAGAAUCACCAGGAGAUAUUAAAGGCUAUCCAAGAUGUAACAAUAAAGCGAGAAGAAACGAAGAAGAAAAUAGAGAAAGAAAAGAAGGAGUUUCUGCAGAAGGAGCAGGAUCUAAAAGCUGAAAUUGAGAAGCUUUGUGAGAAGGGCAGAAGAGAAGUGUGGGAAAUGGAACUGGAUAGACUCAAGAAUCAAGAUGGUGAAAUAAAUCGGAACAUUAUGGAAGAGACAGAACGGGCCUGGAAGGCAGAGAUCUUAUCAUUAGAGAGUCGGAAAGAGCUGCUGGUAUUGAAACUAGAAGAAGCAGAAAAAGAGGCAGAGCUACACCUUACUUACCUCAAGUCAACUCCCCCAACACUAGAGACAGUUCGUUCCAAACAGGAGUGGGAGACAAGACUGAAUGGAGUUCGGAUAAUGAAAAAGAAUGUUCGGGACCAAUUUAACAAUCACAUCCAGCUCGUGAGGAAUGGAGCCAAGCUGAGCAGCCUUCCUCAGAUCCCUACCCCCACCCUGCCUCCACCCCCAUCAGAGACAGACUUCAUGCUUCAGGUGUUUCAGCCCAGUCCCUCUCUGGCUCCUCGGAUGCCCUUCUCCAUCGGGCAGGUCACAAUGCCCAUGGUCAUGCCCAGUGCAGAUCCCCGGUCCUUGUCUUUCCCAAUCCUGAACCCUGCCCUUUCCCAGCCCAAUCAGCCUUCCCCACCCCUUCCUGGCUCCCAUGGGAGAAGUAGCCCCAGCCUGGGUUCCCUUGUCGGCCCCCAUGGUCCACACAUGCCCCCUGCCGCCUCCAUCCCGCCUCCCCCAGGCUUGGGUGGUGUUAAGGCUUCUACUGAAACUCCCCGGCCCCAACCAGUAGACAAACUGGAGAAGAUUCUGGAGAAGUUGCUGACUCGGUUCCCACAAUGCAAUAAGGCCCAGAUGACCAACAUUCUUCAGCAAAUCAAGACAGCACGUACGACCAUGGCAGGUCUGACCAUGGAGGAGCUGAUCCAGCUGGUAGCUGCGCGACUGGCAGAGCAUGAGCGGGUGGCAGCAAGUGCUCAGCCACUUGGUCGGAUCCGGGCCCUGUACCCUGCUCCAUUGGCCCAAAUCAGUACCCCAAUGUUCUUGCCUUCUGCCCAAGUUUCAUAUCCUGGGAGGUCUUCACAUGCUCCAGCCACCUGUAAACUGUGUCUAAUGUGCCAGAAACUCGUCCAGCCCAGCGAGCUGCAUCCGAUGGCAUGUACCCACGUGCUGCACAAGGAGUGUAUCAAAUUCUGGGCCCAGACCAACACAAAUGACACUUGUCCCUUUUGUCCAACUCUUAAAUGA